GGUCCGGCAGUGCCUCCCGCCGUCCCGCUAUGGCGCUGCUGCUGGAUCUGCUCCGCCGGCUGCUGGAGCUCCUGGGCUGGCCGCCCCACCAGGCCAUAUUUUUUGAAACUCGCGUGCUUGGCAGCAGUAUCACUCGUGCAGUCAGAACAUGCCUUCCUUCAGCAGUCUCAUCAGGAAGGCAUUUCCAGCAGUUAUACACCAUCAUAAGGAAGUAUCAAAUCAAGGUCAUAUCUGUUUGCCAAAAAAAGCAAUAUGGAUCUACUCGAAGUGUUGUCCGGAGACUUGGGACAAUUCUUUCCCUGGAACCCUAUCCAAGACCUUAUUUUCAACUUGUUCAAGACCCAAAUCCAUUGGGUUAUGAUGAACAAAGUGCAGCUCCAACUUCUGUGGCUCCAUCACUUGCUGAUGUCCUGUGGGUGGCAAAUGAUGAAGGACAGGCUUUUACUAGACACAGGACUGAAUUAUGCAGAAAAGAGAAAAGCACAGCUCAUCAUGACCUAUAUCCAUCUAUAGAUUCAAUACAGAGCAUUCCAAGAAACAGUACACACAAAGACAAUAUUGAUCAAGCAGCCCUCCAGAAGAUUUCUGCUCUUGAAGAUGAGCUAACCUUUCUUCGUGCUCAGAUUGCUGCAAUUGUUUCAGCACAGACACUGGGAACCAUUCCAUCACAAGCCUUUAAUACACUCAGCACUCCAGAUGGAUUUUACCCAGUGCCAGCCAUGACUUCCACACCAUUGUCCGUCUCUCACAAUCACUUUGUAAUUCCCUUGCCUCCUCCACUUCCUUCUGGUGUACCAUCUGGUGUUGAUUCUGGUAAAUCUGCAAUGGAACUUAUAAAACAACGCCGUGCUGCAAGAAAUGGUGAUUCAAGUGCAGCUGAUAGUGCUGAUCAUCAGAAGACAAAGAACGUUCCUAGUAUGAUGGAUGUUUUGAAAGACCUGAACAAAGUUCAGUUGCGAGCUGUUGAGAGGUCUCCUGGAGGUACUCCUCUUUCUAGACACCAAAAGAGACAAAGUUCAGAUUGGGAUCCAGUUGCUCUACUAACUCACGCAUUAAAGCAGAAAUUUGCACAUAAAAAUUAUGAUGAAGAUGAUUCUCUGGACAAAGAAAAUCGAUCUUUUGAUAACUCUCCAUUUUCUAGUCCAGAGAUCCCAACGGUUGGACGUUGCAGUCUGAAGCUAAAUGCAAAACCUAGCCUUACAAGAACUGAUGAAGCUGAACAGGUACCAGCGUGGAAAGUGAGAGCUCAUAUUUAGCUGCAGUGGAGACUUCUGAGGAAACUUCAUAGUGUACAUGAGUGGUGGGUCCACUUGGAAACUGCUGUAAGGUGCUGUAUUGUGUUGUUCUAGAACAGGUCUUUCCUAUGCUAUUCAAGUUUGGGUGUUGUAGGGUUUGUAAAAUUACCUCCUCCUUGGUUUCCCAGAAGCCAAACUUGUGAAUGUGAUGUUUUGAUGAGAAGCAUAGAAUCGAAAGAGGGCUUCCAUUACUAUGUAGCAGUGUGUUUGAAACCUGGGAGAUCGAGGAAAGCAGUAUGUGUGGGGAGGGAAAUAUAUUACUGUGGCAGCUGAGGUGUGCGUUCUGUUUGCAGUGUAAAUAACAAAGUAUAAACUUUUUGUUAGUGUGUUAUCACUGGCUGUAUAUAAUGGUAAUACUUCUUCAUUAGAGUAGUAUAGUUGCCAUGGUUUUCUCUGCAGUUAAGAUGCAACUCCUUAUUCCACGUGCAACCAAUAUUCUGAUUCAUUUUGGGUCAGGAGAUGAACUUUUAUGUUUGUGAAACUUUGUGCUGUAAGUAAACUGCAGCUGCCUAUUAAGUGCCUGUAAUAUGAGGGAGUUGCAUUCUGAGAUAAAAAAAGACCUUGGAGAGAGAUCUGCUAGCACAUAGUCUAAAUUCCAUGUGUAAGUAAACAUUAAUUCCCACCUCAACUUGUUCAUCUGACCUCAGUUUUGUUCACAUGAGUUUAUAAAAUAAAAUUUUCUUUAUAUUGUA